GAAGAAGAUCUCUUGAACGAUGUGUGCGGGGAAGUAGUCGCCAGGUGGUCUGAAGCUCAGAUCGUUGCCACCAAAGAGGAAAAAGAAGACGAGAUCCAAGCCAUCGCCAGCAUGAUGGAGAAGCAGGCCAAGAUGGUGGUGAAGCCGAAGGAGGUCUCCCAGGAGGAGAAGCAGAGGAAAGCCGCUCUCCUGGCCCAGUACGCCAACGUGACGGACGAGGAGGACGAGGACGACCGUGACGGAUCGCUCCCUUUGCCCGCCCUUAACGCGCCGGCAGCGCUGUUCCGAAACACCAACGUGGAGGACGUCCUGAACGCCAGGAAGCUGGAACGGGAGCUGCUGCGCGACGAGUUCCAGAAGAAAAAAGAGCAAGAUAAACUCCAGCGAGAGAAGGAAAAGCUGGCCAGACAGGAGCGGAAGGAGAAGGAGAAGAAAAGGACACAGAAAGGCGAGCGGAAGCGAUAG